GCGUCCCGGAGGGCGCCGGUGCCGGUGUUUCCCCACGUGUGGCGUGAACCCAGAGGGCAUCAUGUUGUGAAGAGAUGGGGGCUGCAGUGUUUCGCGCAAUCAGGAAUUUCAACCUAGAGAACCGGGCGGAACGGGAAAUCAGCAAGAUGAAGCCCUCUCCCGCCCCUAGGCACCCCUCCACCAAGAGCCUGCUGCGAGAGCAGAUGAUUCACCAUCCAGAAAUUAAGGGAGAAGUUGCUAGAAAAGAUGCCAAACUGCUGUCCUUACUAAAAGACGUGUAUGUUGAUUCCAAAGAUCCUGUGUCUUCUGUGCAGGUAAAAGAUGCCGGAACACGUCAAGAGCCAAAGGAGUUCAGAUUGGUAAAAGGCCAAGACUUUAAUAUGAUGAGUAGUAAGAACAUUCCCAAAGGCAAAAUUUCCAUCGUAGAGGCAUUGACACUUCUCAAUAAUCAUAAACUUUAUCCAGAAACAUGGACUGCUGAGAAAAUAGCAGAAGAAUACUGUCUAGAACAGAAAGAUGUAAAAUCCCUUCUCAAAUAUUUUCUUACUUUUGAAGUCAAAAUCAUCUCUCCUGAAGACAAGAAAGCAAUACCAUCAAAAUGAAGAAAAUGUUGAAAUUACUUUUCCUAUAUAUAUUCCCCAAUCCUAUGUCCUGAUUAGUUUCUUAUUUAGUUUCAAAUUACUGAGUGUUUAAAGCUCCCUUUGUGGGAGAGCAUUCUAUUUAUUGAGCUCUGCUGAAUUUUCAGGAUUGCCAGUAGAAUGAAUUUUGUUUUCUUGUAAAGUUUAAUUUGGCUUAGGUAUAUGUUCAUAUGUAAUAUCAGUAAGACAAAGCAGCACAUGUAUAAAUUAUUAUAAGUAAAGUUAAUGUGUAAUUUUAGGUACAUCAUAUCAUCAGCUUUUCAGUUGGUCAUAUGGCCUCUUGGGAAAUGUCCUGUAUCUCUCUUGUUUAACAUUCAAAGUUUUGCCGUCCAAAAUUUAUUCUUCCUAUGGAAUUGUGAAAGUAAGAGUUUUGCUACCUUUUAUGACUGUAUUUUCUUGUUAGGGCAAGGGAGACUUGACAGCGAGGUAGGAUAACAGUAUUUCCCAAAUGAACGCAGACAGGAAAGUGGACACAAAAUCAAUAGGAAGUACACUUUUAUUAUUACAGGGAAAAAGAGUUAGGACUUCUCUUGUUUUGAACUGGUUUUAUGUAUGAAAUAACUUCUUAAAAUUAAAAAGGAAUUGGUAUUUAUGAAAUUUUAGCAGUCUCUGUUUUGACAGACAGGUAAAUCCAGAAGCUUUCAGAGAAGCAGGCAGUCAUGAGAGCUGUCUGGAAAAGGAACUUCUCCGGAUUUUAUAGAGAAAUACAAGAAAAUUGUGAAGAAUGGUUAAAUCAAAGAACCAUGGUAAAUGAAAUCUGGUGACGAAUUAUAUGUAUGUUUUCUCAUUUAAACUCUGGUUGAAGGAAGAGAGGGAAAAAGUGUGAGAAGUACAAAGUGUGAUCAUUGGAAAGGACCCAGGAAAUUGCUGCUUCAUCGGUUGAACCAAUUUAUGAGUACAGAAUACACUGAGACUAGGGUCUUGAGUGAGAUCAUGUAAGUUUAGCUCUAUUGUAUUACCACCCAUGGGAUCUUGGGUAGAUUGUAUAGCCUCUUAGAGACUGAAUUAUCUCUAUAAAGUGAAUAUAAUGCUGCCUUACUUAACUCUAACAGUUACUGUGAAGGUAAAUAAUAAAGGACUGAACAAAUAGGACUUGAUUCUUCGCAGUUAAGAACAGAGCUGGGGAGGUUUCAUGACCUAUUUAGGAUUAUUCUCUGGUUUAUGACAUAGCCAGGUCUAAAAUCUAGGUUUUCAGAUUCUUAGUGGUAUGGUUUCUUUCUCCGGGGCAAAAAGAAGCAUAUUUCAGAAGAGCAGAAAGUGUAAGUUGUAGGAAUAUUGAAAAUGUGUAAGAAAAAUUCCAAGUUAUCUGUGUCCUUCUGAAGGAAGAUGGACAUUCACUGUUUCCCAGGGAUUCCCUUGGGAAUGGUCCGGAAGCUGCUGAGGAAUUCAGCAUGACGAUGGAGGGCAGCAUUUGCAAUGCUGGAAAGAGAAAUGGGCUGAGAUAGAAAAUGUUAAGCUUGUUUUCAACUGCAAUUUCAUUAUGUGAAUAAACUACCUUGUUGAUAUUUGGUUCAAAACCGUUCUUUAAGAAAACUGUAUAAAAUUGCAUUUUAAAGCUCUGGUAAAUCAGUCAUCAAAACUGUUUUCCUUUAUGAAAUAAAGGUCAAUACUUGAAUUACUAAUACUGCUAUUUCUGAGCCAUCUUCCCUGUUCAGAUCUACGCACCAUGGUUAGUCAUCUGUAAAUCUGGCUGUAAAAUGGUGUCACAUGAUAAAAUAAAGUACUUCCCAUAUCUUUCA